AUGGAAUUAAGGAAAUGGAAAACUAACUCAGUUGAGCUUCGUGAUAAAUGGAGAGAGGCGGGUUUAGAAAUAGAUGAAGAAAAAUAUUCAAUUAAUGAUAAUUCUGCUUUAACUCCUUGUAAAGUGCUAGGAUUAGCCUGGGAUUCCGAUUUAGAUGUAUUCCAGUUUGGUACUCGAAGUUUAGAGAAAUUCCUGUCUAAAACAAAUUGCUGUAACUUUAUAAAUGGUCCCAAACAAGCUGUACUGCAGUUCCAGGACAAUUCUUUUCAAUUCGCAUUCUACUUGAGGCAGCUGACCCCUAGAUUAGCGGACACUAUGAGUCAAAAAAGAAAAAACGAUCCGAAUAACUGCGAGAUUUGCUAUUUCCGAGACUCGACGCCUCGCUGUAAUAUGGAUAAUCAUGUGGUUGCUCAGAUUAAAGACAACCUCAUGCAUUGCGUAUUUUGCGAUGGCUUUUUUCGUGACAAGAGGGCAUUUGCCAAACAUAUGCAUAAAGUCCAUUUCCCAGACGUGAUAUCAGUGGAAUUUGAGAAGGAGGAAUGAUUCCUAGUUCAUCAUUCAUUUUGUAUUUCUCUUAAAUUUUUAUCAUGUACAAGACUGUUAAAACAGUUUAAAGUUCCUGUAUUUCAAAAAGUCAUUGUAAUUAAAACAUAUUUUUAACUA